AUGUCUUCUCAACAAAGCUCUCGUCAUUUUUCCCUCGACGAAAUGUAUGGUGCACCCAUGUUCCAAAGGGCUUAUCAACAAGCUCCCCAUCCCCCAGCAGACUACACUGGGUACAACAGUCAGGCAAGUGCAUCGACAAUCAGAUAUCAACCUCAUCAAUUUGCCAUGCACUAUCCCCCACACUUGAUGCAACCAGCGCACAAUAUGCAUCAGUAUGGACAACCUGGGGUGCCCCUACAACUGCUUGUGCCACUGCCUGUGCAACAUUAUGUGCAGCCGCCCUCCCAGCCACCCGCAAAUGAUCAGCCGCCCCCCAGUACACAACGAGUUGGGCCUAAUGUGGAGGUCCGUACAGGCGUGUAUGCAUUCACAACCUCGGUUGUGAAUGAUGAUAGCAAGAUGGACUUUGAGGCCACUACCGACAUGGACUGGGUUCAGUUUCGGCGCCAAGUCUUCAACCUGCUUGAUGGGCCUGAGCAAGACAUUCAGCUGGCAUAUAAGUUGUCGGGUGACACAGGCAAGCCAUCACAUAUGAACAACCACCACGACUUUACAGCUGUGAUGGACCGACUUGUAAACAAAGCACGAGUUGCUCAAACACGAGUGGUAAUGCUGGAAAUCAAGAACAUAACUAAGCCAACAGCACCGGUUUCAAAAGGAAAAAAACGAAGUAGGACAGAGGAUAUACCACCACCCUUGAGUGACGAAAUGUCAUCACAGUUAAAGGCAUUCAAGCAGCUGGAGAAGGCUACUCAGUGCGAGCUGCACCAAGGUCAUUGCUUCAUUGACAGGCCAAGUGGACGUGAUGUCCACCGCCAUCUCAGCCAUGAUGAAAUGACCUUUACACAGCCAAGACAAAAGUGUCCUAGUCCUAAAAAGUUAUCUUUGCUGCCGCUGUCCCCCAAAUGCAAGUUGACACCUGAAGAUGGCCCUAUUGUCAAAUAUCCGCCUAUUGGGGACUUGGUUGAGUUGAUUGAUGUCAAAUUUCCACACCUAAAAGUCAACCAGGUGUUAAAUGCGUCAUUUACAGCUGGUGUCCGAAUAUCUGAACAAGUUGUUAUUAUGCCCGUCAAAAAGCUGAGCUCUGUAGGAAAAAUGGGUGACCAAAGGGCUAGGAUCAUACAAUCCUAUGCAAAAUGUUGCAUCCUGUCAGUCUUUGGGUUAAAAGGAGAGGGUAAGGAAACAGCGAUAAACAUUGCAGCUACUCUGCAACACUACCACAAACAUCCAAAGCAUGAGGAUGAUGAUGAGAUUGAGAUAAUUGAUCUAGGCUGCAAAGAGGUGAUUGACGUGGAUGAGGAAGAUGAGGGUGAGGAUGACCAGGACUCAUCAUCAGCAGAGGGGGAGGAGGAAAUCAACUACUGA